UAUGUGUGUACCAUGAAAGUAAUAGUAAAAAUUGAAUGUGUACAAUAAAUUCUGUAAAUUGAAUUGUUUAUAAUAAAAAAACAUUUAUUUAUCUUAAUAGAAAUUUAAAAAGAAAAUUUACUGAACGCAUUUGUGGAAGCAGAAUGUACUCAAUGGAGGAAUUAAUAAAAUAUUUUAUAUUUAUUUAUUUACUAUUAAUUAAUUGUUCAACUAAGCAAUUUCAUCAUAAGGGAGCUAUAUUGCAUUCAAAAAGAAUGUUUUUUUUAAACUAUCGAAUAAGAAUGAUAAAUUCUUUUAUAAGAAUUACAAUCUAAAUUUAAAUAAAUUAAUUAUAACAAAAUUUGUUCAUGAUGAUUUUCUCAAAAAAAAUUUCCAGAUUAUUAUUUAUUAAAAAUUAUUUUUUAUUUUAAUUUACACAAUUUUUUUAAAUGCCUAAAAAUUUAACUACAUUCCUGAGGUUUCAAAUUUCAUAUGGGCGGUUUGAUAAUUUCAUCACUUGGAUUUGUUAUUAAGUAUCUAUCAAGUCGAAUUUUAGAACGUAAAAAUAAUGAAGUCUUUUUUUGGUUUUCUCAAUAUUAUUAAUUUAAUUUUAAAUUUGAGAGUAUCUUUUAUUGAAACUUUAUAUGUAGAUGAAUCAAGAUCAUGUCUCAUUUUUAAACCCGCGGCUACUUUGCAAAAAUUAAAAGAACAUUUAUUUUGUGAUUAUGAAUCGUCAAUUCGUCCGACUAGGCAAGGACAAAAUACCACCGUUAAUAUUAUUAUGAUUCCUAAAACAAUUGAUUAUGAACCCAGUUCAAACAGAAUGAUUAUAAAUUCGUAUUUACAAGUGGAUUGGACUGAUGAACACUUAAGAUGGAAUCCUGAUGAUUUUGACAAUAUACAUGAAAUACAUGUGCAACAUGACGAAAUUUGGAUUCCUGAUUUAUCAGUUUGGAAUUCGGCGGAUCUUAAUUCGGUUAUGAUUUUUUCAUCGAAGACAUCAUGUCUUGUGAUGUAUAAUGGUUUAAUUAUCUGCGUACCAUUUAUUGAAACGAGUGUUCAUUGUUCAUCAGAUUUUGAAAAUUGGCCCUUUGAAAAGCAAAUUUGUAAAAUUAUCUUUUCAUCGUAUUUUCAUUUUAAUGAGGAAAUUAAUCUCAAUUAUACACUCGAUAAAGUGGUAAUGCAUAGUUUGCAACCUCAUCAAGAAUGGUCUAUUGUAAAUACAACAGUAUCAUCGAGACUCGAUCUUUUUAUUUUACCACGAGUAAUUUAUGAAUUUCAAUUAAAACGACACAGUAGAGUGAUAAUUACUCUCUAUUUUAUACCUCUUAUUGUUUUAAUGAUAUUUACACUUAUAAUAUUGUGGAUGGAUAUUAAUUCAACGGAGAGGAUUGCUUUUAUCGGUUUAAAUUUCUUGUGCCAUUUAUUAUGUUUAUUUGAUCUUCAAUGGCAAAUAACUGAAAAUGGAAAUCGAAUUCCGUAUUUGCUGGUAUUAUAUGAAGGUUCAUUGUCAAUAUCUGCAUUUAAUUUGAUAAUGACAAUUAUUUUACGAAAAUUAAAUACAAUAACAACUUCUUCUAAAUGGAUUUCUUCGAUAGCGGCUUAUGUUCUUAAAUACAAAAUUGGAAGACUUUUUGUUUUGGAUGACAUCGAGACAAAAUGUUUUGUGGAUAACGAAGAGGAUGAGGAUGACAAUAAUCUUCAAUAUAUCUCAAAAUCAACACCAAACAAUAUUUGGAAAUAUUUUGCCAAAAUUCUUCAAUGUUUAUCGUUUUUUUCAAUUUUUUUAACGUACAUUAUUAUGUUUUUAAGUUAUGCAUCGAUGUAAAUAUGUUUUAAUUGAAAAAAAUGUAAUAUUCACAAUAUUUUUUUUAAUUUUAUUAAAUUGAAAUAAAUUUUUACAGAAAUUUAAA